UUGACAUGACAUGACAGUGACAUUGGCUAUCUAAGCUAUCUAACCAGUGUCAUUCUGUCAUCUACGUACGUUCAAAGGGCAAACGGACUCCGGAAAAUACAAUUACAUUUUUUAAAUAUUAAUCUAGUUUCAAAUCAGUCACAAUGGCAAAGCUACUAGCGUCACUAAAAAGCAAAGAGUUCAGGGAUUACCUGAUGAGUACACAUUUCUGGGGUCCUAUAGCAAACUGGGGCAUUCCUUUAGCGGCCAUUGCAGACACUCAGAAAGAUCCCAGUUUUAUAAGUGGGAAAAUGACAUUCGCGCUGUCGCUGUACUCUCUCAUGUUCAUGCGAUUCGCGUGGCGAGUGCAGCCGCGCAACAUGCUUCUCUUCGCCUGCCACUUCACCAACGAGUGCGCGCAGCUCACGCAGGGCGCGCGCUUCAUCAACUACCAGUAUCUCGGCGACAAGGCUGCUAGCGAGAAUAAGGCGGCCAGCGAGACUACUAGCGACAAAACUAGCGAGAAGACUAGCCAAAAAUAAACAUAACGAGACUUUGUCGCAAAAACGUAAUCUUGCCAGACAUCUGUGUAGUAGCAAAAAUACCUGAAACAAAAAUAAUCACCUUUUUAGGGUGGUUAAGUUAAGACAGAGAUGGACUUGGUUAGUUUUAAUAAUAUGUCGACGCGUAUAAAAAUUACUUCAGUCCUCAAAAUCGUCAUAAAUUAAAUUGUUCUAUCAUUUUGCGUGGACUAAAGCAAUUUUGAUAUGUAUAGGUAAACAUAAAUGAACGUUACAGUUUCUUAGCCGAAUUUGACACGUUUUAUGCCAGUUUCGUUUUAUUUACAUCGCAGAAGUUACCUUAGCUAUUUGUUAUUAUUUAAGAUUUAAAUACUGGGAUCUUUAAUGAGCAGUAGAUAGUUAAUUAGUAAGUAGGUAGUCAUUUAUGGCUUAGCUCUGAUAACUUUACUACUACUACCUAUUGAAACAAAUAGUAAUCAAGAAUCAAUUAGUAGUCUUAGUGUAAACUUGGUAACAAUGUAGCCACUCAUGAACGACAAUAUGUUUGUCGAUUAAAUAAGGAAGAAGUCUCAAUCGCUUAAUGUAGUCUUUGCCACAAAGAUAAAACAAUGGAUUUUUUCAGAAUUUUUAAUUACGUUUUGGGGGUCGCUACCGCAUUUGAAAAGUUUAUAAUAUAGCGUAAUUUUUGAAUUUUCCUUGUGUGUGACAACAAGUCAUAAAAUAAUACUGCUGAAUUUUUAAAAUAGUUUCAUGCUUUAGAGAUUUUGAGUAUUGAUUGAUUUAGCAGUAAGGAAUCCUAAAGCGUAACUAAAAAUAGAAAAAAAGUGUCAGCUAUGUUCACGUACCUAUAUGUAUAUAUAGCAAGUUUAUUUAUUCACUAAUUUACAAUAAAGUGCCCGUAGCCGCCUCAAGACCUUUCAAUCUGACGAGUCAUAUAGGCCUCCAGUUACUAAGACUGAUCCUUACAAGUUGAAACCGAGUUCUUCUUGAGUAGGUAUGUGUGGCGAGCUGCAAAAGUACCUAAAUUCCAUUCAGUAAUCAGUUAUUUAUUGCUUUCAUAGGUACAAUAAGGUCUUACAUUAGAAUAUUGAACAGCUAUGAACCCUGUAAGGGCACUGCAAAUUACGACUCUUAAUAACUUUAAUUCUUUAGAAACUUACUAGGUAUCUAACUAUCUAUUCAUAAAGUAGGUAUGAACUUUUGCAGCUCGGUACACCCCAUUAUGUUAAUUUCGAAGUGAUAAUUAAGGUAAAUUGUGCUAGUGUAGAAACUGACACGACUCGAUCCAUUAAUGAUACGUACUGUAUGUAGGUUGUAUAUUCUUUAUGUUUGUUAAGAUGGGUAUAUUUUUUGACUAUUUAUGAAUAUCGAAUAUUACAUUUUAUUGUUGAUCUGUUUAA